UGAGCAGCAACAUCCCAUGACAAAUAGCCUUUUUUCUAUAAGGCCAAAUGGUCAGCCGAGGCCGAUUCGCUGCUAUUGUGUGUCAUUGUUCGGGCAAAGAACAUGGCCCGAUGGAGUGGCGCCGACAUCCCAAUCCCCAUUCUCGAGGAGGCCGUCGAGUCCAUUAAAUCCGAAACCGGUGUGUCAUUCUCAUGGCUUGAGUUGUACGAUAGGUUCCAGUUUCUUGAGCAGCACUUCCAUGCAUUCAAGCUUGUUCGGCAUACCCACGACGUUUAUUGGGAUAUGCAAUCAAACACAGUUAGUUUGCUCAAGACCCGUUACAGGAAAAAAAGGGUACAAGCCAGUAGGGAAAGGACCGGGAGAUUUAAGUGAGAAAGGACGCCAGAACGGUGCAAUACUGACCAAGAUGCAUGCCAAAAAGCUCGAGAUGGAGAAAGAAGGAUUGCUUGGAAACGACCUACAACUUAAUGGGGGAAAAAAGUGACAAUGUACAAGGAGAGACAACCCUAAUUUUUAGGGCAAGCCACCCUAUAAAUAGAAGGUCACUUGGAGAGAGAAGUAGCACUCGUUCAACAACUCGCUCUCUCUCUGAUAAUUCUAGUUCCAGCACCAAUGGAGACUAGCUCCUACACUUCUCGUUUCUCGCCACCAGUCAUGAUCACUUGAAGACUUCGGCGACUUGCCGGAGAAGAGUUUACCGCCGUUCCAGUUCAUCAUCUUUGUAGCCGAAAUACC